CCUCCCCUCUGCAGAGAGAUAUGCUUCUCCUUUUAGCUCUCUCUGCACUGGUGGCCAGAACAGCACAGCUCCCUCUCUGAGUCAGAGCUACCCUGAAAGAGCUCAAGGCCCGCAGAAGGGGAGGCACCUGGAGGACUGAGAGGAUGGGGAACUCUCUCCUGAGAGAAAACAGGUAUUUUAGGCGCUGGGGCCGCCACUUCACAGAAGGGUGUUUCUGCCUUCCAUGGAAAAAAUUACCCAUUUUUAAAGCCAGACAAGAUUUCCCAAAGGAAAGUGAAGGAACAUCAUCUGCUACCAACCAGCAGGACAAUGCUGACCAGAGCUCUGCAGAGGAGCUGUGCUAUACCCUCAUCAAUCACAGAGUCCUCAGGAGAAGGCCGUCGGGGAACUCUGCUGAGGGCUACUAUGAGAAUGUCCCUCCCCUGGCCGAGGGGCCCAGAGAGUUGUGGAGAGGAACCGAGACUGACUACUCACUUCUCUGUUUGCCUUCCACCCCUAGGCAUCCUUCUUCCCCAGAAAAUGAAUAUGAAUUUCUACCCACUAGACGCUCCUCUCACACCCUGAAAUAGCCACACCCACUUAUACCACUUCUGAGGCUCAGUUUUCCCAUUUGUAAUGAAGCAGUUGGACCAAAAUUUGUUUCAGCCCAGCAAAUAAACCUGGGAGUGGAAGGGCUCUGCUUCUCUCUCCCACCCCACCCCCACCCCACAUACACAGAACAGCUCCUUCUACAGGUGUCUCUUAGCUCCUACUCAAUAUUCAACAUCCAAAAAUCAACCAACUGUCCUGAACAGUCUUUGACAAGGGAGUCACCAUAUUUGGCUCUAAGUGGCUUUGGAAAUGGGCUGCUGCACUCAGAAGCAGGGGUGGGGGUGGGAGGGGGGGAGGGGGGUCCCCUGGUCUCCUACAGCUAUGUGUAUCACAAAGGGUUCAGCUCCUCUGUCCAGGUUCUUCAGAGAAAAUGUCCCCAGGCUUGUCCUCUGAAGUCACAAGGAAUCUGUACCCAAGGAGGAGUCUACUCAUUCCACAUGUGUUUAUAGGCCCAACUGUUCACUCACAUCUUUCUAGGUGGGCACCUGCGUGUUCCUCUUACGCCAUGCCUCUAAACGGCAUCUUUUGCAGUGUUCUUUGACUUUCUGGCCCUGGUGGCUUGGCUGGUUACAUGGGUUGAAUCUAUAAGUCCCAGGCCAAAAAUUUUACAAUUUUUAUGUCAUUGUAAUCCCUAUGUAUUUUUUAAUUUUGCAUUUAAAUCUUAAUAAGAAAAUCAUAGUAUCAGAGAAUGAUAGUGUAGACAGAUGUUUGGAGAUCCUCUAUUCCCAGUAUUUUUUUUUUUUUGGCUCAUUGGCCUUGGCCCAAUGUAACAUUGCAGGUUAGUGGCAGAACUUCAUCCGGAGCCUGAGUCCCUGGUUUCCAAUUUAGCACUCCUUCAAUGAACUACAUAAAAGAGCGUCUACUCCACAAAAUAUGUGCGUAGUAAGUAAUGCAUCACGUACAAAAUAGGAAUAAAAUAUCCACAUAAAGAAAAUAACACAUACACACAAUCCUUCUCUAAUGAGCACUUCUUCACAUGCUCGUUAUUUUCCCUCAUCUGUUCUGCAAUGUUCCUAGAAUUAUAUCUAGUCCCUAAAAUAGUGGUCAUCAAACUAUGACCCCUGGGACAAAUCUGGCCAACUGCUUGUUUUGUAAAUAAAAUGUCAUUGGAAUUAUA